AAUCUGUUCUAUUGCAUGGCAAUGAUAAUUUCUUUUACAAUCUCUCUUGUAUUUGUAUUCUGCUUUUUUGCUACUUCAUCUCUAUUGAACAAAUUGGAUUUCCCUUUUCCUUUGCCUUUGGUUCCUCUGCAACUAUUCGGAUUAAGUGCGUGUUUGAUUUUCGUUGAAUUGUUUUGGUUGCGACUCAUCGACAAUUGGAGAAUUGGAAAUGAAUAUUGGAGAUUCUGUCGAAACAAUAUACUCAUGACUUCUUCGGUGCAUGACCUUUCAGAUGGUUGUCCAGAUAAUAACGAAGCUAAUGAGCAGCAGAAACAUACAGAACCUGUGAUUCAGCCAUCAUCUCCUGCAACUGCAGUAGUGCACCCUGGGAUCUCAACCUCAAAUAUCCAGUAUGCAACAAGUCCACAACUUGGCUCAGGACAUACCAUGGCAGCAGCGGCUUACCCGUACCCGGAUCCCUACUAUAGAAGCAUAUUUGCUCCCUAUGAUGCUCAGCCGUAUCCUCCACAGCCCUAUGGUGGACAACCAAUGGUCCAUCUUCAGUUGAUGGGAAUUCAGCAAGCUGGAGUUCCAUUGCCAACAGAUGCUGUUGAAGAACCUGUAUUUGUCAAUGCAAAACAAUAUCAUGGCAUCUUGAGGCGACGACAGUCCCGUGCAAAAGCUGAAUCAGAAAACAAAGUCAUCAAGUCUCGGAAGAGAUGCAAUGCGUCAAUAUGAUAAUCUUACACUGCAUCAACUUCACAUGUUGAGUUUUAGAGACUUUGCUUUACCACGUACAACUCUUUUUCAUUCCAAAGUUCUCACAUCGGAUCUUUCAUGACUCACCAACUCAAACUGAUCUGGCAGCCAUACCUGCAUGAAUCUCGACAUCAGCAUGCAUUGAGGAGAGCAAGAGGAUUAGGGGGUCGGUUUCUCAAUUCCAAGAAAAAUGAGAAUCGUGAACAGAAGGAAGUCGCAUCAGGUGACAAAUCACAAUCCAAUAUCAAUCUUAACUGUGAUAAAAAUGAUAUUGCUUCCUCAGAUAGCCAAUGUUGAUAUAUGAUGGAAGCGGGUUGAGCUUGCAUUGGGCCCUCAAAUCAGUGAUGUUCAGCAAAGCCAUCCCCCAAUAGUCAGUGAUGCUUAACACUGGCUCUUACAAGUCAUUAGUUAUGUAUAGCUUUGUCUAGUAGUCAGUUUGUAGGGAGGUUGAAAAAAAAAA